UGGGGGAUCUCCUUAAAUGCCUCCUGAUCAGCUUUUGGUUCUGUAGUGACAACCUUGGAAUAGUUGUGAGCAGUGGAUCUUAGAGAGCCAGUCAGUAGGUCAGUGUGUCCGGGUAGGUCUACGUGGUGAGGAGUGGGACCUUUGUCGUGCACCAACACCACGAUGGAUGACUAUCCGAUGUAUGGGYURCUKGUUGGGUUCUCYCUCURGGGGACCCUYUGGCGUCUCCUYUUUCCUCUGGGCUUUUGGCCCACUUUCACGUGUAGAGUUGGGCCCACUCGUGGUGGUACUUCCACCAACCCCUACACGAAGGAGGAGGAGGAGAAGAUGGCCGCCAUUCUGCAGGAGAGGAAGGAGAAGAAGGAGGCCAAGAACAAGGCCUUGCAGGAAGAGCAGGCGGCCAAGUUGAGAAAGAUCGAGGAAGAGAUGGUCAGGGAGAAGGAGAGGAUCAAGAAGGAAGAGGAGGCGAAGUUGAAGGAGGUGGAUGAAGAAGAGGAAGGACCGCCGUUGCAAAGGCAGAGUGGGCAGCACAAUGGCAGCCACGGUGGGGACCUAGAGAAGAGGAUAUCCGAAUGGGUUGCCAAUCUGUCUGUGGAAGAAGAGGAAGAAGUUAGUAUGUACAUCCCGCAGGAUCAGCAAGAGGCUGCCAUGAGGGUUUGGGAUGCAGAGAAAGAUCUCCUCAGACGACAGGCGUUGGAAGACGAGAAGAGGAUGGAGUGGAAAUUAGCAGUGAUGAGGGAGAAGAAGAGAAGAGUUGACAAGGCAGCGGAGGCGGCGGCAGAAUUAGAGGAGGUGAAAAAGUUGGAAGAGCAAGUAGCCGCCCAAACUGAACUCCCAGCUCAGAUGCGAGUCGUAGCCCAAAGUGUCGCACGCCUGGCACGGAUUCAGGCGGGCCAAUAUGACUUCAGUAGGAGUCAAGAUAUAGCUGUGCGCUCAAUACGAUUGGGCUUCUGGGACUUUGCUCGUGAGUUAGUAGGCGCUGUUGGAGCCGAGGUGGGUCAUCGUCUAGACAAGACCGAACGGUUUUGCGCUGGCGCCAUUGAAGGCAUCAAGGCGGCAGCUCCCAAGGAGGAGGAGGCGGACGAGCCGGUCAAGGUCAAGUUCCCUGAUUCCUGCAGUGGAAAAAGGGAAGAGAAAUUUGACAACUGGGAAGCCAACGUCAAGACCUAUGUGCAUCUGCAACAGGUCUCCCCAGAGCAGCAGGUUCUGAUCGCGAUCCACGCGCUUAGAGACGAGGCCGCUAGCUUUGCAAGGUCCCUUGUUCGCGCUGCCAACUGUAAUGACGAUCCAGUUGCGUAUUCCGCAUUUACUCCCCUCAUCGAUUUUAUAAAAUUGCUGCGCGAGCGAUUUGCUGAUGUCGCUCGCAGUCUCAAGGCCUCAGACAAGCUCCAAACCAUCAAUUCUCAUAAAUGGAAGAGUGCCAGGGCACUCAAGGGUACGAUGGAUGAGUUGGUGGCCAUCCCUAACCAUGGGGUCACAGAGGGCCAGUUCGUCAACCUCUUUUACCGGGCUAUGCCCGAAGCCUUUCGAGGGCAGUUCUUCGCGAAGAGCGAAGACCCUGCCACCACUUACGAUUCCCUUAGCCGUGAAGUGGUGGCUUUUGAAGCGAAGUCCGUGUCCCUGUCUACCUUCUGGCACAAGGAUUUGGACAGGGGAAAGCAAUGGAAAGGUCGCACUAUCUCAGGGCAGGUAAAGACUAAGGACAACCUUGUCCUGACGUUAGAUGAGGAGGUUGCAGGCCGGUGUCUAGACAGCUGUCCCGAAACUGCUUGUGUUAGAGUUUCGCUAGACACCUCCCUCAUAGGCGUGGCCGAAGAGUUGAAGGAGAGGAUGCCCGCCUGGGCCAAGAUGAAGAAGGAGAAUAAAGGGCAGCUUAUAUUGCUAGAUACAGAGAUUUUUAGAAGUAGAGUAGGGGCCCUAGUAGACUCAGGGGCCACUCACAGCUAUAUUAGUAGGAAAGCCCUGCAGAAGUUGAGGCUGGGAUUUAAAGUCCAGAAAUUGACAGACCCCAUAGUUAGUAUCCUCACGGACAAUCGCACUAUGGUUGUAGAGGAUUACGUAGAGGGAAUCCAGGCGUAUUUCCGCCUAGAGAAAGAUGGGAAAGUGGAAAAGAUUCUCCACUCCCUGACUCUCCUCGUAGAAGACAGCCUCCCCUUUGAUAUUGUUCUGGGAAUGGAUUGGGGAGAGGCAGCCGGGGCCACACUCCAUUUGAAGGAGCACGAGUGUAGGCUCCCUAGUUCGUCAGGCGAAACCAAGACUGCCCGCCUGUUCCAUGUGUCAGGGGUAGAGAAUUCCUUGGCGCACUGCUGCCUUAGUGCCCCCGCGUUCGCCAGACUGGUGAAAAAGGAGAAGUUGGAGGAACAGGUUUUUGUUGCCUAUGUUAGGCCAGUGACUGAGCCUACGGAAGAAAAGCCGAUGGACCCUGCGAUUGCCAAACUGCUGGAAGAGUUCAAGGAUCUAAUUGAGCCGCCGAUAGGGGUGGUACCGCGGCCCAUCCAACAUCGCAUUGAGAUAGAGCGUGGCAGUAGGAUUUAUAAGGGCGCUGUGUAUAGGAUGUCCCCACGGGAGUUAGAGGAGCUUCCCAAGCAAUUAGACGAGCUCCUCGAGAAGGGUUGGAUUAGGCCCAGUUCGUCCCCUUUCGGAGCGCCUGUUCUCUUUGUCCCUAAGAAAGAGGGAGAGCUGAGAAUGUGCAUAGACUAUAGGGGUCUGAAUGCUAUUACGGUAAAGAAUGUUGAGCCACUACCUAGAAUAGACGAUCUCUUAGAUCGAGUGCAGGGGGCGAAGUAUUUUUUCAAGAUAGAUUUGAAGUCCGGGUAUCAUCAGAUAGGGGUGCAUCCUGAUGAUCAGUAUAAGACAGCCUUUCGGACUAGAUAUGGGCACUACGAGUUCAUCGUGAUGCCCUUUGGACUAACCAAUGCGCCAGCUACGUUCCAGCGCUGCAUGAACGAUUUGUUUAGGUCGUGGUUAGACAUGUUUGUUGUAGUUUACUUAGACGACAUCUUAGUGUUUAGCCGGACCCUCGAAGAGCAUCAGGGGCAUCUCAGGCAGGUCUUGGAGAAGCUGAGGGAAGCUUACUUCAAGAUCAAUGCAAAGAAGUGCGAUUGGGCGAAGAACCAAGUUUUGUACCUAGGCCACGUCUUAGACGGAGACGGCGUUAAGCCAAAGGAUAGCAAGAUCGCAACGAUUAGAGAUUGGACCACGCCACGUAUGCUGACAGAGUUGCGCUCGUUCCUGGGCUUAGCGAAUUACUACAGGAAGUUUGUGAGGAACUUCUCCACCAUCGUUGCGCCCCUUUGCAGAUUGCUGAGAAAGGAGACAAUCUGGAAGUGGGACAAGGACUGCACGUCUGCCAUGAAGAAGCUAAAGCAGACAUUGAUAGAGUAUCCGGUCCUUAAGGUCGUCAAUCCGUCCUUGCCUUUUGUCGUUACUACGAAUGCUAGCCAGUACGGUAUAGGCGCAGUGUUACAGCAAGACGAUGGCAAUGGCUAUAGGCCCGUAGAGUUCAUGUCCGCCAGAAUGCUUUCAGAGAAGGUCGCGACAUCUGCCUAUGAGAGAGAACUCUACGCUCUCAGGCAAGCGUUAGACCACUGGAAGCACUACUUGCUUGGGAGGCACUUCAAAUUCUAUUUUGACCAUGAAACGUUACGGUGGUUAAAGACGCAGGCCAAGAUGACACCUAAGCUUACUAGUUGGGCCGCAGAGCUAGAUCACUACGACUUUGAGCUCAAGCCAGUCAAGGGGAAGUAUAACAUAGUCGCGGAUGCUCUAAGUAGAAGAGUUGAUUACUUUGGGGCAAUAGUACACUACCUCGAUAUAGGGAAGGAUCUGCAACAGAAGGUUAGAGAAGCUUACGCGCAGGACCCUAUCUAUAGUGAGCUCCUUAAGAAAGUCAAGGAGGCCCCGGAGACAGAGUCGAAUUACCGCACUACUGAAGGGUUGCUUUUUGAGAAGACUAAUGUGUUUGACCGCCUGUGCGUCCCCAAUAGCAAAGAGAUUUGUAGUCUGAUUUUGGUCGAAUGCCACGACACAGAGGGUCAUUUCGGUUGGCAAAAGACUUUAGCCAAUCUAAUGCGCGCGUAUACCUGGCCAGGGAUGAAAAAUGACUGCGUAGAGUAUGUUCGCAGUUGUAAGGUUUGCCAGCGUAACAAGAGUUCUAUGCGCGCCCCACUAGGUCUUCUCAGACCCUUACCCAUUCCGGAUCAGCCGGGAGACUCAGUGUCCAUAGACUUCAUGGACACCCACGUCAAGAGCAGGCAUGGCAAGAGCCAAGUCAUGGUCAUAGUUGACCGAUUUAGUAAAUACGCAGUUUUUGUUCCUUUGCCUUCAGAGGCACGUACUGAUUUAGUCAUACAGAGAUUCUUUGACUGUUGGGUUAGUGAGAAUGGAAUCCCGCUGUCGAUAGUUAGCGAUAGAGAUAGUCGCUUCACCAGCCAGAACUGGCAAGAACUCAUGGGAGUAUAUGGAUCUAAGUUGUUGAUGUCGUCCGGCCGUCAUCCAGAGACUAACGGUCAGACAGAGCAAAUGAACAAGAUCUUACAACAAGUUCUGCGCAUGUAUAUUAGGCCGGAUCAGAUUAACUGGGAUGAGAUGUUACCCAAAGUAGCUAGUGCAUACAAUAACAGCGUGCAUUUGUCUACAUGCCGCACUCCCAACAAACUGCACAAGUCCUUCCGACCGCACCGACCGUUUGAGGGACUCAACCGGGAUCAGAUUCACAGAUUGCUGCCCGGGACCAGGGAGUUUGCUGUACAGCACGAGAAAGAACUAGCUACUGUCGUAGAAAACCUCAGGAAAGCCCAGCAUAGGAUGAUAGAACAAGCAAACAAACAUCGUCGCCCUUCACAGUUUCAAGUAGGCGACUUAGUCUGGGUUAGUUCUAAAGAGUUUGCACCUGAGGAGAACAUCUCGCAGAAGUUACUGUCCACGUAUAGAGGACCGUGGCCUGUUAUGGAAGUCAAGGGCGGUGAAGAUGGACCGUCCUACACCAUAGAGUUACCAGCACACCUCCACACUUCCCCAGUUUUCCACGCAUCGAAGUUACUACCUUGUCAAACAAGUGAUCAGUUUCCAUCCCGUAGAUCGAUGAUCCCACCGGAUAUGGAUGGAAGAUAUGACAUAAAUGGUAUAGUGGUUGAAGAUGUCUUCAGAACUGGAGGUAGGGGUCAUCCGCAAAAACAAUAUAAGGUUCACUUUAGUUAUCAGGAACCAGAAGACGACUGCUGGUUUACAAGAUCUGAACUUUUAGAGACAGCUCCCGAUAUAGUCCGAGCCUACGAGAGACAGCAAAAGGGGAAAGGUCCUGCCUUGGAUUGAAAUUUUAUUGGAGGACCUCGAAUUUAGGCCGGCGGGAGUGAAACGGUAUUCACCAGUUCAC